AUGCACUACGACCUCAGGUGUCGUAACCGAGCCCUACCACCAUGCAAAGCUUGCGAGCUGCGUACUAUAUACAGUACUAGCUGGAAAUUCGGACACCGUAAAGCUCCAGUCAGAAUUAGUUUCCGUGGCUUCCGUAGGGCUGAUGUACUCGUAGCUUCUCUUGUCAUUUCUCUCUCUCCCUCUCUCUCUCUCAUAGUAAGCGUCGGUUUCGGCAAGGCACGCGACAUGCGUCGAAUUCCACUAACCACGCUCUUCGGAGUUGACAAGACGACUGAUGACGAACGCCAAUUUGAGGCAUCCUGGCUCCUCCCACCUGCCAUUCUCGCCGGGCUACGCGGCCUGAUCGCCCUGUACAUUUUCACCUCCAUCUUCUUCAUCUGGGGCUGGUAUGGCACUCACGAUGACACCGCUGCUAUCGGCCAAACAUUCAGCUUCUUCACCUGGCUGACCUACUGGGGUAUUGGCUUUUACAUGCUCUUCGCCGCCAUCCACACCGGAUACUAUGCACGAACCGGUCGAUCACUACUAUACCGCUGGCCACGGGCGUUGCGCAUCCUACACAGCCUAUUGUACUCGAGCGUCACCGUAUACCCAUUCCUCGUGACCAUUGUUUUCUGGGUAUUCAUAUAUGAGUCACCGUGGUAUAGCAAGACUCUCACCGGCUGGCAGAAUGUAAGUACGAGUGUAGCACACGCCUUGAAUUCGCUCUAUGCACUACUCGAAAUUAUUCUGCCUGCCACUUCACCACACCCGUGGAUCGCCAUACCUUUCCUCGUCCUCGGACUUCUGCUCUAUCUGUGCGUCGCCUACAUCACCCACCAUACUGAGGGCUUUUACCCAUACACCUUCCUGGACGUUGGCGAUCACGGUCAGAAGAGUGGAACCGUCACCGGCUAUUGUUUUGGUGUUUUGGCCGCCAUACUUGUUCUUUUCCUCGUUUCGUGGGGAUUGAUCUGGUUGCGCUGCUGGCUUACGAAGGGCAAGCUUAAGAGGGCUAGGCAGGAUCCAUUGCGCAUUGCCAGCGGUGUAUCGGUGGGAGCAAUGGCUGGGGAGCAAUCGGGUGAGAUGAAAGAGGCGGUAUGA